AAGGCGUGUUGGGCCAAGUGCCGCCAGAGGGGGCGCCGCCGUCUCUUUACAGUCUGUUCUGCAGCUAUCUGUCUGCUAGAGGUUGUUUCUAUUCGAGGUCGGCAUGGGGCUGUUGGCGCAGAUGCGGGAAGUCUUCUUUUACACGGGCGCAUUCCUGAUCGCAUGGUCGUGGGCGCUUGUCUACUAUGCAUUCGCUCACGUGGCGGUGGGACAGUCACCGUUGCAGAACCAAAUAGGCUUCGGAGGCCAGUGGCGCUUAAACAGUCUUCCAGUUUUAGUCUGCCAAUACUUUGUCGUUUGCGGAUUUGCAGCUGCGACGAGAGCGUUGCUAAAGGGCUUCAACAAUGCUUGGGCCGCUUCAUUGGCUGUGGCAAUCGAGUUUUUUCCAUCGCCUAUCUUCUCAGGAGCUUUGAUGGGGUACUUGGGACAAUUUGCAUCGCAUUCAGAAGUCGAGUACUGCGGCAUCACCGUUGUGGCAACUUGGGUGACGGCUGCUCUGGUUUAUUCGGUUCCCACUUCUGGGCCGCUUUCCGAGUUCGGCGACGUCAUGCAAAAGACUGUUGGAUUUGGUCUUGGCGUUGCGUGGAACAGCUUUGUUUCUGCUGCUAUGCCAGCGACGUGGAGCUUUCACUUGCACACGCUAUUCCUAGUACUUGAGAUGUCUCUCGCAGCCAGCUUGGUGGUUCCAGAGCCAGGCCCAAGUUCCUUGAGGCAGCGCCAUGCCUCACUGCUGUCUUUCGCUGCGAAGGUCGUAUGUGCAUUCUCCAUGGCCAGCUGGAUCAACAGUGUGACGCCCGACGGAUGGCUUGGGGGCCUCAUUGCCGAGUUGUACUUGAUCCUCCAGGCGGCUUCGCUGUCCUACUGGGUCUCCGGCCUAGAUCUGGACAGUGCCGCCCUGUCGACCGACGCGGUGCUCAGCAGGCCCGACGCGCUGGAGCGGUUGGUGUCGUGUCUCGUCAUGAUCCCGUGCGUAUGGUGUUGCUGCCCAUGCGUACCGUUGAUUUGGCUCUUGUCGCGCCCGCAUGCUGGAGUCAAGGGGCGCUGGUUGAGCCUCAUCUCUGAGAUAUCUUCCCUUGCGGCCUCGGUAGUGGGCACCAACCUACUGACGGGCGGCAUCGACGCCCUGGCAGACGCUUGGCAUAUCUGCGGCCCUUACUCCUGUGACGGAGCCGUGUUCUUGCUGCUGGCUGCUGUCGGCGCCUCGCUGGUGUCCAUCCUCCUGCUGACGGCCAUCGUUCCCCUCUGCGCUCCGCCUGCUCUUCCCUUCACGCCGACUCUGGCAGAUGCCCGAGUAGCACUCGUCCCAUAAGUCGGAUGAUAGCGAACCCGGUAGCACUCCUGGCAGCCUCGAUCGGACGCUACGUAAUUCAGAACAGAACAGAACGUCCGAUCGAGCGUCCAAGGACGUCUCGUCCCGCUUGCGGGAACGGCGUGAAUCAUGCAGUGCGGGAAAAACCAUGCACGGGUGAGAAUCAAAGGGAGGA